AUGCCUAUUUACCAAAUCAAUUCUCCCCCAUUCAAACCACCUCAUAAAAUGACAUCAUCAAUCCCCAGACCAGCAGCAACAAUCCAAUCCCUCGACCACCUAGUCCUUACCGUCAAGUCCAUCUCCGCAAGCAAAGAAUGGUACACCAAAAACCUAGGAAUGAAGCACGAAUCUUUCGUUUCUGCUUCUACACCUGAUAUCACACGGCACUCAUUAAUCUUUGGAACCCAGAAGAUAAAUCUACAUGAGUGCGGAAAGGUUCGUUGUCUGCGUAUGACUGUGAAACAAAAGACCAAUAUAAGCUGACCGGGUACAGGAAUUCGAACCUAAGGCUCUUCAAGUACAACCCGGCUCUGCUGAUCUGUGUUUCCUGACAACAGAUCCUGUGAAAGAAGUGAGAAAGAGGUUGAUUGAAGCCAAGGUGGAGAUUGUUGAUCUUCGAGGCGAAGGUAAUGGGUUGGGUCUUGGGGAGGGUAUUGUGGUUAGAACGGGAGCAAGGGGACGAUUGGCGAGUGUUUAUUGUAGGGAUCUGGAUGGGAAUCUUAUUGAGUGAGUCUUUUAUGCUGUGGUUCUUAUGAUCCUUCUCUUGUGGGAAGAGAAGGAAAGAAGUUGGUAUAUGGCCAUUGUAUUGAUGACUGUGUAGGAUAUCCAAUUAUUCUUGAACGGCUGAAUGAUGGCUGAUAAAGGUGGUUCUCCCGAGAUUUCUAGAAUAUCAGGUUCCUUCAAAGCCAACUUCACUCUCCUCUUUCAACCACCCCUACUCACCGGCAGACGGAAUUCUUGAGGCUGUUAUCUUCAUAAUGAAUCCAUUCUCUUACCUAUUUUGGAAGUCAAAAGUUUUGUUGCACAUCGCACAGAGGUCUGCACCUUGAAAAAUCUACACCUGAGAGACCCCAAGAACGGUAAACGAAGCCUCUAACCCCCGACUUCGCCAGUUAUUAUAUAGUGAAUCCAACUCUCUAAC